CAACGUUCAUCCUCUUGUGUUUCGCACGGGAGACGGACGGCAGAGGCGUUUCUAGUGCGAAACCUUAGGAAAUGGCCUCGGGUGCGGCGUAUCCGAGCUCUGUUCUGUCGAUCAUUUUGGCGCUUAUAGCAGUUCUAAAUCGAGAGAAGAGGCUAGUUCUUGCCACAGGGAGCUUCAGUCAAACAAUUCAGCUCUUUGCUCGAGCCGAAUGCGAGGAGAUAGUGCCGCUAAUGGGUCUUUUUGGGUUUGGAUUUGAUAUGUCCGGCCCAACGGUUGCAAGAUGAUUCAGGAAUAGAAAUGACCAGGUUCGUUGCAGCGCCUCCUGAAGAGGGUGGAUGGAGACGUGGGAUCAUGAUCUACGAUUCG